GGCAAAUGCCCUGAAACCCUCUCUGAGUUUGCGUGUGUGUGCCUCUCUCUCAUUCUCGGUAUCCUCCGUUUUGUGAGUCGUAGUUGGACUUGGGAGUGAGUAUACUAGUGGUGGUGAGUCUGUGUGUGUCUCUUGCCAUUGAGAUCACUGUACUAUGGCCAUCACGGGCUAGCCAUACUGCCGCCUACUAGUCUCCUCCUCCUUCUCCUCGUCCUCCUCGUCCUCAUCCGGGGUGAUGAAGUAUGGAGGAUUGGACGCGUGUCUCCAAUCCCCCUGACAAGCUUCUUUCCAUCCAGCUCCUCGUUGUGGCCCUCUGGACUGAAACUCUGAAACUGCUUCUUCGGCAAGCGCUUCCGAACCCAACCACCACCAACAAUUCGACUCCAUCCACGGUUGAUGAUGGCUUCACUUUUGGACUCCCCCCUCCAGUUAGGAUAUCGCCAGAACUGCUAACAGAGCACUGAGUGACUGAGGGAGUGGGUGAGUGAGUGAGUGAGUGAGUGAGUUGUGGGGCUACCAACUCGUACGUACCAACAGGCCAAGCGUUGUGAAGGCGGACUGUGUUGAUCAUCCAACUCGCUCCUGGGUCCUCAGUGUCGUUCCUCGGUGGUGCAGUAUCAUCCAGUGCAGGCUGUACAAAUCUUCCACAACCAAGAGGUCUCUUCCUAUGCCAGUCGCUUGCCUCCAGCCAUUUGGUCAGGGUCGUUUGGUGUCGCUCACCCCUCCAUAGAAUUUCAACCCUGUUGGAUAAGAGGAGACUUCAUAUCUUCUACCUUAACCCAACUUGGUUUUCUCCCUGCUGCACAAGAGUUUCAAAGUUCACACCUGUUCAAGAAGAAAGUCAUGAAAGAGGCGCAUCAGCCGUUAUAGUUCUGUGAUCAAUCCUAACAACUUGGAAACACGUCAAGCGGGCCUCUUCAGUCGACUAAUCAUACCCAUUCCAAUCGAGAUCAAGCAUAUUGGACCCCACCACCACCAUCACCACUGCCCGCACCACUACCACCAAUCUGCCCGUCGAAUUGUGAACAUCUGAAUCCAUGAAACCUCUCGUCAUCAUGGCCAACAAAGAAAUCGAAACUCAUUCCUCAUUGUUAGCUGGCUAAAUUUCGCCGGCCACCACCGCAAGUACCCGGGAGAAACCAGAGUUCAAUGGCAAAUGAGACGAGAAAUCAUUUCAUCAAUCUUGCACCCUCUUCCUUCGACUCCGACGCCAUCCGUCUUCGACUCUUACAUACAGUAUCAACAAUAAUAAUUCCUGCGUUAGCGAGAAUUGGGAGCCGACUUCCCAUCAUCAAAUUGUUGCCAUCAGACGAGUGCUAGUUCCUUUCCUUCUCCUCGACACACCGUUUCUCAGUUGAGAAGAGACAGUCGAAAAGCUGAGUUUUUGGGUUCCCCCUCCCCCUCCCCUAUAUUUUCGCACUCCUCAAGUUGACAAACUUUUGUUUGUCCCAAAUCUCGACGUUGCUCCAAAUCACCCACUGACAUUCGAAUUAUCAAGCCCUUUUCACGUCAUCAAGUGAUAAGACGACGAAACGGUCGUUGGGUAUCCGAGUGUUGAUAAAUCAAGCCCAGGCUCACAGUGAGUGUUAACUUUGAACUGUCGUUUGUUUGGUGAUGCUCAAUUAGAGUAGUGAAAAAAGACAUCGAGCACUUCAGUCAUGGAGCCCAACGUGAACGCCCAUUAUUACAACCAAGUUUUUAACGAGUCUUGCCACAGACAGAACCUAGCUCAACCCACCCCUCCACCACCUCCACCCCAUGGAAUGCCCACUCGCAACGUGCCCAGCUACGAUGGGAUGAUCCCAAUUCCAAGUUACGACCAAAUGAGUGGACCGAGUGGAGGUGCCCUUCCAUGGAGCGGAUACCAAAAUGGGGAUCAUGAUUUCCCCACCUAUCAGCAACAACAGCAACACCAGCAAUCUGAGGCUCCUGGCCUUCGGCUCAAUGGUGCUUAUACUUCAGUUACUUCGGCGCCCACAAAUAAUGGUGGAGCCUAUACGUCAGACCACCAAUCCACACUCGGUUAUGCCUACAACAUGGGCGGCUAUACCCAAGCCCCCAUGCAAAUCCAAGGUAACACCAACACCUUUUCUAAUGCGAGCGUCAGCUCGGCCCCCAAUAUCCCGCCCCUUCCUGACCUCUCUCAAUGGAAUCCUCCCGGAAGUCUUCAUCAGCCUCCACCUCACAAUCAAGAUCUCUCCCAGUACAAUCAGCCCAGUAGUAACCACUUAGGAGCAUCCAAUGGCCACGAUAGUCUGGUCAAAGUUGAGACUGCUGGCAUUGAGGAGGCCUUGGGCCUGUUCGAAGGUCCCCCUCAUGGAGCCAUGGCCAUUGCGAACUCGCCUGGUCCUCAAGGGGAAUUCGGUUACAUGAAAACUCCUUCUCCUGGGUCCAGUACAGGUACUCACACACCUUUGCCCACCCAGUUUAGUUCGACAGAUUUCCCCAAUCCCAGCUCGGUCUCUUCUACGGCCUCCAAUGGUCGAGGACGAAAGAGAGGCGGGGCGGGGGGUGGGGGACGAGUGUCCUCCUCCUCGGCUGGAGGUGGAAGGGGUAAGAAACGAAAGAGUGACUCAGACGAUACACCGGAUCCUCAUUUCAAAGAAGAAAAAGACAAACAACGACGCACCUCGAAUAAUUGCCGCGAGCGAAUGCGGAUCCGUGAUAUCAACGAGGCUCUAACGGAAUUGGGCAAGAUCUGUAUGAACCUCAAUCCCGCGCAAUCAGACAAGCCUGCCACGAAACUGGGCGUUCUCAACAUGGCCGUGGAUGUUAUAACCAAUCUUGAGCAGAAGGUCAGAGAGCGGAACCUCAAUCCCAAUGCUGUGUGCCUGCCUGGAGGAGGAGCUGGAGGAUCCCAUCCGGGGACCUCUGGAAGAUCGCCCUAUCCUCCAUCCUCCACCGAUGGCGUGCAGGGCGAUGGAGGAAACUGAGUCUGUGAAAGACCUCAUCGAGCCUUGGAAAUUUGCUCAACCUCAUUUCUAUAUCCAAACGCGACCCUUUUAUGUGAUUGUGCCGCAUAAUAUCUUACAUUUGUGACGAGAUUUGUAAUAAUUCUGAAAGCCUCAUAUCUAGAUAUGUCCGUCAUAGAUUGUCCAAAAAUUGUCAUGCCAUCAUUUUUUUAGUGAAAGGUUGUCUUCGAAAUACACACACGCACACACUGA